GACGCCUCUCAUUGCAAAGUGGUGCUGCUGUGGUAUGAGCGGUAAUUGCUAGGAGAUGGCGACUAUGUGAGCAGUUUGCCCUAAAAAUUUAAAAAGAAAAAAACUUGGAAGGAGUCCAGAAGGUUGAUUGAGUUUGCUGGUGCGAUGGGAAACGAAGAGACAGCCUUGGGGAUUUAAUUGGAUCUAGAUACGUUGUCUUGCUGUUUCGUGUUGCUCUCUUUUAGUCGCAGAGGGCCACAGAAGCCUUGGGCUGGAUUUUUCUUGCUAGCGCGAGAGGACACCCGGAACCAUCUGGACAGUCGCUGAAAGCCUAUAAGCGACAUUCAUUUAGUCACCAUUUUAAAUCAAAUUAUUAAUUUAAUUGAAAACCCGUAUCGCGGUGUUUGAAAUUCCUAAUUUUCUCGCAGUAGUCCACGGAAGGCCGCAGAAGCCUCGGCCUGGAUUUAUUUCGCUAGCCCGGGAGGGCAUCUGGAACUAUCUAGAAAGUCACUUUAAACCAGUUCAGCAAUAAUUAACCGUAUAACUUGCUAAACGUUAUUUAAUUACAAUUAAUUUGUUAUCUACAAACGAGCGAUUUUCAUUUUUUCCGUGGUAAAAAGUUCCCCAAUCCAGCUAGCGCAAUGAAUGAAUGAGGCCGGCGGACGUUUAGAACCACUCGCUUGCUUCAUAACGUCACUUUUUAUUGUAAACGUCGUCUUCAUAAUCCUCUUCAUCGGACCUUUGGGGGGGCUGGACCAAUAACUCGGGACUUGUUGGCCCCCGCAAAUGGCAGAGGAAUGCCGUCGCUGGGAGUUGUCGGACGGCGACUGUGUAGCAUGACGAGCUAAUGGAAUGCUAACACUGAGCCCUGCUGUGUGAGCGGGGCGCCCGGCCGGAAGCAACUAAGCCGACAAGCAUUUGGACCACUUUGGGACACUGAGCGCAUACAGCCCGGCCCGGCAUGGGGAACACGGUUUCAUGCUGUGUCUCCCCGGAGUCGAGCCCCAAGCUGCCGUCAAGGCAGCCGGCAGAGCGGCUGGAGGAGUUCCUGACCAGCACGGAAGUUAGCGACGACAACAGCGCCCCAUACCUGCAGCACAUCAGCGACAGAGAAGUUCCCGACGAGCUGGCUUUAGAGUCCAACCCAUCAGACCACGCCCGAGCCAGCACCAUCUUCCUGUGCAAGUCCCAGACAGACGUGCGUGACCGGAGGAAAAGCAACCACAUCAACCAUAUCAGUCAUGUGUCUCCCGGGCCGCUGUCGAAGAAGUACAGCUCGUGCUCCACCAUCUUCAUCGACGACAGCACUGUCAGCCAGCCCAACCUCAAAAGCACAAUCAAAUGUGUCACUUUAGCAAUCUACUACCACAUCAAGAACAGGGAUUCUGACCGCUCUCUGGACAUCUUUGAUGAGAAGCUGCAUCCUUUAUCGAGGGAGGCGGUGCCAGACGAGUAUGGCUGCAUGGACCCCGAGCACAAAGUCAUCUAUCGUUUCGUCAGGACGCUGUUCAGUGCAGCACAACUCACUGCCGAAUGUGCCAUUGUCACACUUGUGUACUUGGAGCGUCUGUUGACAUACGCCGAGCUGGACAUUUGUCCCUCUAACUGGAAGCGCAUCGUGCUCGGAGCCAUCCUGCUGGCCUCCAAAGUCUGGGAUGACCAGGCCGUCUGGAACGUGGACUACUGCCAGAUCCUCAAGGACAUCACCGUAGAAGACAUGAACGAGAUGGAGCGCCACUUCCUGGAGCUGCUCCAGUUCAACAUCAACGUGCCGGCCAGCGUCUACGCCAAAUACUACUUUGACCUGAGGCAGCUGGCCGACGACAACAACCUCAGCUUCCCGCUGGAGCCGCUCAACAACCAGCGGGCGCAGAAGCUCGAGGCUAUCUCCAGGCUAUGUGAAGACAAGUACAAAGAUCUGAGUCGAUCGUCCAUGAGGCGGUCACUCAGCGCCGACAACCUCAUUGGCAUACGGCGCUCCAACGCAGUACUCUCCUAAGGCCAACGGAUCCCCAUCCCUCCCCAUGUCGUGGUUACUGCUGCCAACUCCGAUUUAACGAUAUUAUUUUUAUACCUUUUAUUUAAGCGCAACUCACCCUGGUCACAUGGGCGCCUCUCUAAUGCCGUAUAGGCCGUUACAAAACAGCAUUUUGUGAGAACUAAAAGUGAGGACAUAGAAGACUAACAGAUUCUUCCCAUUUUCACAUCAUGGAAGACCAGGAUUGACUUUACUACUGAAAUGAUUUCAAGAUCAGUAUUGUAAUCCCCCACCCCCCCAAAUAUCUUUCUUCUCCCUUCCCAGUGAACAAACUACAGUACAUUCAUGUAGAGCUACUGAGAGGACUCGACAGCAAGAAAAAAAAAGUUGGUUUUGCUUACUAUGUAGGCUACUAGCUGUGAAAUGUCUCAUUUUUAAAUGGAAAACCCAUUUGCAGAUGGAGUAUUUUAAAAUAAACACUAAUCAUGCACACGG